AUGGUUACGGAUACCAUUACCACCCCUCCUCCAGUAACUUGGGCGCAAAGGAAAACAUGUGUAUUUGUUGUUUUCAAUGUUGAAUGUGAAAAACCUGAUAUCAAAAUAGAAAAUAGGUUAAUCUCAUUCAAAGGCUUAUGUGGCCCGGAACAGAAGUUAAACGAGGUGGAAUUAUCACUUUUUGAUGAAAUAGACCCUGAAAAAAGUAUUCAAGUUAACAAAGGAAGAUUCAUUGAGCUUGUUCUUGCCAAGGUCAAUUCUGAUGCUGCAUUUUGGCCUGCCUUAACAAGUGAUAAGAAAAAACAUCAUUGGCUUAAAGUUGAUUUCCAAAGAUGGCAAGAUGAAGAUGAGAGUGAAGAUGAUACAGAUUGGGAAGGCAUGAAUCAGGUAACUGAUGAUAUGGGUCCCUCGUAUGAUUCUACUUCUUCAGAAGAUGAAGAUUAA